AUGGAUCCAUGCCCAUUCGUGUGGGUCACUGUUGGCAAUAUUGCUCUCAAGAUCCCAGUAGCUUCCAAGCUCACCCGCUCCGUCGUCCACCUUUCUUCCUCGUCGUUUUUCUGCAAGAUCAAGCUCAACAACCUCCCCCCUCAAAACGCCGCCGUCCCCUGCCUCCCGUCGGAGGCCUAG